AUAUAAAAAUAUCUCAGCCACAGUAGCAAAAGUAAUACUUGUUGUAACAAUACUAAACAUAUUAUAUUUUUGAAAUAUUUUUUAGUAAAUAUAUUUAUUCUUCAAAAUGGCAUUACGUGAAUCAUCAUUCGACACUAGUUGUGUAACAUUAACUAGCUUCGUGUUAACGGAACAAAAAAAAAUUCCUAAUGCAACUGGAGACUUCACAUUGUUGAUAAAUUCUAUCCAAACUGCCGUGAAAGCUAUAAGUUCGGCUAUUCGGAAAGCUGGUAUAGCUAAACUAUAUGGCAUUUCUGGAGAAACAAAUAUUCAAGGUGAAGAAACCAAAAAGCUUGACAUUCUUAGUAACGAAAUUUUUAUCAACGUACUAUCAUCCUCGUGUGCAACUUGCAUAUUAGUGAGUGAAGAAAAUGAAAUGCCGAUGAUAAUACCCAGAGAAAAACGAGGAAAGUAUAUUGUAUGCUUUGAUCCCUUAGAUGGAUCAUCAAAUAUUGAUUGUUUAGUAUCAAUUGGGUCUAUUUUUAGUAUAUACAAAGUUCCGGAAAAAACAACACAAUUAGAACUAAACAAUGUUAUACAGUCUACCCAAAACUUAAUUGCUGCUGGAUAUGCGUUAUAUGGUUCUGCAACUAUGAUUGUUUUAUCGAUACAGCAUAGUGUAAAUGGAUUUACAUAUGACCCAGCUAUUGGAGAAUUUAUUCUAACUGAACAGAAUAUCAAAAUACCAAAAAGAGGGAGUAUCUACAGCAUUAACGAAGGAUCUGAAAGUACAUGGGGAACUGCAAUCAGAGAAUACAUCAAAUCAAAAAAAUAUCCUUUGAAUGGAAAUCCAUAUGGAGCUCGGUACGUUGGGUCCAUGGUAGCAGAUGUUCAUAGAACUAUAAAGUAUGGCGGCAUAUUUUUAUAUCCUACAACUAGUACAUAUCCCGAAGGCAAACUUCGUCUCCUGUAUGAAUGUAUUCCUAUGGCAUACAUUGUGGAAAAUGCGGGAGGAAAAGCUUCAAAUGGUGAGAUUGAUAUAUUGGACGUAGUCCCUGAUAAAAUACAUCAAAGAACACCGAUAUUUUUGGGAUCGUCAGAAGAUGUUGAAGAUUUACUAACUUACACUAAAAUAAGUUUGACUUAAAGACAAGCAAAUAGCACAAAAUAUUUUAUUUUUUAAGUAUGAUGAAUCAAUAUUACAAAACUUCUCUCUGUACGAAUAAUAAAUAACCUCUUAGAUUUUAAUGAUA